AUGAUGAUUACUCUAAUCCUAACAGCUUUAAUAAUGAAUCAAGUAAUUGCCGAAUCGUUUUAUUAUGACGUAGUACCCAUAGAUAUGAAAGAGUUAGCGAAAAAUCCAGCAGAGCUAUUAAAUUUUAUGGAUUGUUUGCUUGACAGAGCUCCAUGCAACGACAUCUACAAGGGUUACAGAGAAUACACUCCAGAAUCAGUCAGACAAGCGUGCAGAAGAUGCACUACAGGGCAAAAGAUAUUCGUCUACCUUUUCCUUCUUACACUGAAGACUAUUUUACCCGAAGAAUAUAAAAAUUUCAGAAACAAAUAUGAUCCUGACAACAUAUAUUUUGACAAACUUGAAGAGGAAGUGGGCAAAUUUAGAUUUGCAGCAUUUACUCGCUAA